AAUAUUAAUACAUAUUGAUUUAUCAAUACCGGCAACAUGAGGUUCUUGGCUCUGACACUCCUGGCUCUGGCGGCGGUGGCCACCGCUAAAAACAUCAACGUCGAGGAUGCCAUCGACCUAGAGGACAUCACCGCCUACGGAUACUUGGCUAAGAUCGGUAAACCUCUUGCCGACGAAAUCCGUAAAGCCGAGGAGGCCGAAGGUGCAUCCAGAAUUGUUGGUGGUUCUGCCUCCAGCCUCGGACAGUUCCCCUACCAGGCUGGUCUUCUCGCUGACUUCGCCCUCGGUCAGGGUGUGUGUGGUGGUUCUCUGGUCCGUGCCAACCGUGUGCUUACUGCUGCUCACUGCUGGUUUGAUGGCCAGAACCAGGCCUGGAGAUUCACUGUUGUUCUUGGCUCCAUCCGUUUGUUCAGCGGUGGUACCAGAGUUCAAACCAGCAACGUUGUCAUGCACGGAAGCUGGAACCCCAGCCUGAUCCGUAAUGACGUUGCCAUGAUCAGACUGAACUCCAACGUUGGUCUCUCAAACAACAUUGCCCUCAUCGCUCUGCCCAGCGGUAGCCAGCUCAACGAAAACUUUGCCGGUGAAAACGCAGUCGCUUCUGGAUUCGGUCGCACCAGUGAUGGUGCUGGCAUCAGUACCAACCAGUUCCUGAGCCACGUCACCCUGCCCGUUAUCACCAACGCAGUCUGUAGUGCUUCCUUCCCUCUACUCAUCCAGUCCUCCAACAUCUGUACCAGCGGUGCUGGUGGCAGGAGCACAUGCCAGGGUGACUCCGGUGGCCCUCUUGUUGUUACUAGGAACAGCAGGCCUCUCUUGAUCGGUGUCACUUCCUUCGGAUCUGCCCGUGGUUGCCAAGUCGGUUCCCCCGCUGCUUUCGCCAGAGUCACCUCCUUCAUCAGCUGGAUCAACGGUCAAUUGUAAACAAAUCAGCAAUAAAAUACAACCAAUUAUAAUAAUAAUAACAAGAAAAUGUUUACAUAUUAUUAAUAAACUGCUAUAAUAAUAAAAAUCA